AUGCUGAGGACAGGCCCAGGUGAGAAGGUGAUGUUUGAGCAGACACCUGAACAAAGGAUGGGGCAGGUUAUCCAGCCAGGAGAUUCUUUGAUUGUGGGCUCUCUCCUCUCUCCAAGGCCCCCGCUCCCUGCCCUCAAUGACUUCAUGGCCCAGGAAUGUGGAGCCAGCACACGAAGCACUGGUUGUAGUAAGAAGGUCAAAGCCACAGAGAGCGGCUGCGAUUGCCCAGGUGGAGUGGCUUCCACGCUGGUGGGGGCAGGGAAGCAGGCUGGGUUGAAGAUCCAUGGCUACCGGGUGGUUGCGGAGCUCAGGCUGGGAAGGGGACCCCACUUCUUGAGCCCAAAGCACCACCCCAGCUUGAAGAAGGGGAUAAUAGUCCCAGACCCCAGGCCGCAGGAGGACCCAGUGAACUCCUCCUGGUCCCUGCCAGGAGGACUCAGCUCAGAGUGCGGAGGCAAGGCCUUCAGGGGGCCUGAACCCCAGGUCCCUACAUCCCUGCUGAGUCAGAGGCUGAAGACUGAGGAAAAGACACUGGACCUGGAGUUCGAGGUCUUGAGUGUGGGGUUUAAUGAGGAGGGCAGGUAUGCCCUGCAGCUGUCAACUGAGAACCCCCUGCAGGGCUCUGGGGCUGGGGUGCAGCUGCAGGUGAUUGAUGGGGACCUCCCCACCAACUCUGCUGUCACUGAUGUCACUGAGCAGAAAGACCCUGGGCAGAGCCUCACCCUCACCAGGAACAAAUUAGUCUGUACUUUUCCUAAAAGUUUCUGCAAGAAUGGUGGACAGCAUGACACAUAACUGCAUGUGGAGGCGCUGAGCUUGGGCAGGGCCUUGGGAAGGGCGGCCCAGUGGGUGGACAUGGCCACCUUCCCCAUCUACCCGUGCCCAGACCAACCCCGAUGAAUCGUUCCAGCGGGACAGGAACACGAGGACUUGUACCACUACUGCCACCAUCUGGCUCUGCUCCAAGCCAGUGCAGACCCCACGGCCCACUACUGAGGGGACCUGGCUUACAGGGUGGCCUUCCACGUGUUCCCUGCCCCUCAGCCCCCCACCACAAACUGCCAUCCUGAGGCCACUCAGCCCUGGCUUUCUCCACAGGUCGCUGAGGGCCCAAAAGGCCCCAUGAAUACCUCCCAGAAGGUGGCCUCUGUCAUCAGCCACCUGGCUCCCCCUCAUAAGGAGGCCAUCACAGUCACUCCCCAUGGGGUCACCAACCUUCCUGCCUGCAAGGAUGGCUCUGCACCAUGGCCCUACGUGGUAGUAAAAACCACAUCUGAUGGGGCAAAGAACCAGAGUUCCAAGGCAGUCACAUCUAUGCCCUCAGAGCCCACCAAAGCCCCCAUCUGGGGGGACACAGUCAAAGUGGAGAUCCGAGCAGAGGAUGUGGGGCAUGAAGAAGUUAUUCUCAAGGUGGUGAACAAUAAAAAGAAAGAGGAGCUGUUGACCUUCCAAAUCCCCAUCAAGUACUUGCAUGUCUUCCAUCCCUACCACUUUGAGUUGGUGAAAGUGAGGCAGAGCCCUGGGCUCUGGGAUCAUCCCACUGCCAAGACCCAACUGUAUGGAACAGUCGUUCAGAAGGGCAGCUUCAUCCCCUGCUACAUCGACCACAACCACACAGCUCUGCAGGUGUUGGCACCGGGACCCUCAGAGCCAGCAGUGCUGGACACCCAUCGCACUCCUGUACUGAGGAGGGUCUCUUUGCCUCCCCAGGGACAGGCGAACCAGGACCUGGCCUCCCUGGGGCUUCCCAUCACCCCGCUCUCUUUCCCAUCUGGAAUGAACUUUGACGUUCCUUGGGCCGGCCAGAACGGAUGCCCGCAGCUGUCCAAGCCUGGGGGAGUCCCAGAGCUGCCCCUGUGGCAUCACUUCCUCUUUCAAAACCAGGAUGGGGCCACCAGCUUCUCAGAGGACACAACCCUGGUCUGGAGUACUGCUCCUCUGAAAGGCAGUGAACCACGGACUCUUAACAUACUCCUGGGCAUCUCCGUGUUGCCACUAAAGAGCCGUUUGUACCACAAGAUGCUGGUAGGGAAAGGCCUGAAUGGACUGCGUGUAGAGAAGCUCCCCAUCACUGACACCAAGCUGAAAACCAGAAAUAGUGAGGCCCCCACGGUGGAUCUCUCCUUCCAGCUGCUUUCCUCCAACAUAAGACCAUGGCAAGAAAACGUCUUGACACCAAACAACAGCAAAGGCCUGCCCGUCCUGGACCCCAAGAUCUCAGAUGAGAAGCUGGGUGUCAUCCGUGAGUUCUGGUUCAAGGCCAUGGUGAGCUCCAUGACUGUGCCCAUCAUAUUCACUUGGCAGGAAACAGAGGCCAAGUCUCAGGUGCCCAAUUUGUCCAGAGAAACAGAGAUGAACAACUACCGGCGGGCCAUGCAGAAGAUGGCAGAGGACAUCCUGUCACUGCGGAAACAGACCAGCAUCCUGGAGGCAGAGAAUCGCAUGCUGAGGAGCCAGCUGGCCCAGAAGGAGGUAGAAGAGGAGUCAGCCAGCCCCGACAAGGCCCGGAACCUGGCACCCAUGAAGCAGAAACUGCUGCUGAGUGAGCUGGACAUGAAGAAGCCGAGGGACAAGGUGCAGCGUUCGCAGAACGAGCUGAUUCAAAAGAAUGAUCGAGAAAAGGAGCUGCUCCUCCUACACCAGGCUCGGCAGCCACAGGCUGCGCUGCUGAAGCGCUACCAGGACAAGCUGCAGAAGAUGAAGGCGCUGGAGGAGACCGUGAGGCACCAGGAGAAGGUGAUCGAGAAGAUGGAGCAAGUGCUGGAGGACAAGUUGCGCAAGAGGAGCAAGCCCCUGCAGGACAAGCCGCAGGGAAAGCCCAGCAAGCCCUUCCCCAUGCUCUCAGCCUCUGGCCUUCCCCCGGAUCCUACGGGCGAGAAUCUGCCUGUUGACGUCUACUCAGUGCUGCUCAUGGAAAACUUGAGACUGCAGGAAGAGCUGGAUAAGAACCGCCACCAGUCAGCCCCCAUCAUUCUGCAGCCACAGGCCCCGCCGGAUCUCCUUGCCAAUAACUCAGACAAGUUUAACCUCCUGGCCAAGCUGGAACGAGCUCAGAGCCGGAUCUUGUCCCUGGAAAGCCAGUUAGAGGACUCAGCUCGGCGCUGGGGACGAGAGAAGCAGGACUUGGCCACACGGCUGCAGGAACAAGAAUAUGGCUUGCGGCACCCUUCCAACAUGGCCACCACAGACGUGCCGGCUACCUUAAACCCUUCCAAGGACCAAAUGCAACCCUCCAAGUUGGACCCCUUGAUGCCCAGCUCAGAGACUAAGCUCAACAAGCUCUCGAAAUCUCAACAGACUGACUCCUAGCAGGCCUGAGUCCUAGAGCAGACCUCCCCCUCUGCGUGCUGGAGUCUCAGCCCCACCCCCUUAAAAUGACUUUAUUAAAUGCUAUAUGUCAGUGAGCAUUCACCCCUUUCCCAGAGCAGGGCAGCCUGGGGUACCUAAGCUUCCUCCUUCCAGACCCCACUCUGAGUCUGGGCCCUCUG